CUGCCGCCGCUCCUCCUGAGAGCUGCGGCUCGGCCCCCGCGCCUGGCCGCCGCCCCGGCCCGCCAUGGGCGUCCCGGCCUUCUUCCGCUGGCUCAGCCGCAAGUACCCCUCCAUCAUCGUCAACUGUGUGGAGGAGAAGGCCAAAGAGUGCAAUGGUGUCAAGGCUCCCAUUGAUACCAGCAAACCUAACCCCAAUGAAGUGGAGUUUGAUAACCUGUACUUGGAUAUGAAUGGUAUCAUUCACCCCUGUACACAUCCAGAGGACAAGCCAGCACCCAAAAAUGAAGAUGAAAUGAUGGUUGCAAUUUUUGAGUACAUUGACAGGAUCUUCAACAUUGUACGGCCAAGACGACUUCUUUACAUGGCUAUAGAUGGAGUAGCUCCACGUGCAAAAAUGAAUCAACAGCGGUCAAGAAGAUUCAGAGCAUCCAAGGAGGGCAUGGAAGCUGCUGAAGAAAAGAAAAAAAUAAGACAAGAAAUUCUAGCAAAAGGUGGCAUUCUUCCUCCAGAAGAAGUGAAGGAGAGAUUUGACAGCAACUGCAUUACCCCAGGAACUGAGUUUAUGGACAAUCUUGCUAAGUGUCUCCGCUAUUACAUCGCUGACCGUUUGAACAGUGACCCAGGCUGGAAGAAUUUGACAGUUAUUUUGUCUGAUGCUAGUGCCCCUGGUGAAGGUGAACAUAAAAUCAUGGAUUACAUUAGAAGACAAAGAGCUCAACCAAACCAUGAUCCAAACACUCAUCACUGUCUGUGUGGGGCUGAUGCUGACCUGAUUAUGCUUGGAUUGGCUACACAUGAACCAAACUUCACAAUCAUUAGGGAAGAGUUUAAACCAAACAAACCCAGGCCGUGUGCUCUUUGCAACCAGUUGGGUCAUGAGGUUAAGGAUUGCCAAGGUUUGCCCAGAGAAAAACAAGGAAAGCACGAUCAAUUUGCUGACACUCUGCCCAUUGCCGAGCAAGAAUUCAUCUUCAUCCGAUUGUGUGUUCUGCGAGAGUAUUUGGAAAGAGAACUCACCAUGGCCAGCUUGCCUUUCACUUUUGACUUCGAAAGAAGUGUCGACGACUGGGUCUUCAUGUGCUUCUUUGUGGGAAAUGACUUUCUUCCCCAUCUGCCGUCUUUGGAGAUCAGGGAAGGAGCAAUUGAUCGCUUGGUUAACAUCUAUAAAAACGUGGUGCACAAAACUGGGGGCUACCUGACAGAAAGUGGUUUUGUCAACCUGCAGCGGGUCCAGAUGAUCAUGCUAGCUGUUGGAGAAGUUGAAGAUAGUAUUUUCAAAAAGAGAAAAGAUGAUGAUGAUAACUUUAAAAGACGACAAAAAGAGAAAAAAAAAAGAAUGAAGAGGGAUCAUCCUUCUUUUAUUCCUGGUGGACAAUUUUCCCCUCAAGCUCUGGGAAAUCGAUCUAGCCCUCAGGCAAUCAGUAACCCUAGACAAGCUGCCUUUGAGAUGAGGAUGCAUGACAGACAGAAUCCUACAACUCCAUCUCCAAACACCAGCUUCACUUCCGACGGCAGCCCAUCCCCGGCAGGAGGAAUUAAGCGGAAAGCUGAAGACAGUGACAGUGAACCUGAGCCAGAGGAUAAUAUCAGGUUAUGGGAAGCAGGUUGGAAACAGCGCUACUACAAAAACAAAUUUGAUGUUGAUGCAUCUGAUGAGAAAUUCCGUCGCAAAGUUGUGCAGUCCUAUGUGGAAGGGCUUUGCUGGGUUCUCAGAUAUUAUUAUCAGGGCUGUGCUUCCUGGAACUGGUAUUACCCUUUUCACUAUGCUCCGUUUGCCUCUGACUUUGAGGGUAUUGCAGACAUGCCUUCAGAUUUUGAGAAGGGCUCCAAACCGUUUAAGCCUCUUGAACAACUUAUGGGAGUAUUUCCAGCCGCAAGUGGAAAUUUUCUGCCACCAACGUGGAGGAAACUCAUGACAGAUCCAGAAUCAAGCAUAAUUGACUUCUACCCUGAAGACUUUGCUAUUGAUUUAAAUGGGAAGAAAUAUGCUUGGCAAGGUGUUGCCUUAUUGCCAUUUGUUGAUGAGCGGCGCCUUAGAGCUGCCCUGGAAGAAGUCUACCCUGACCUUACUCCUGAAGAAAGCAGAAGAAACAGCCUUGGUGGUGAUGUUCUCUUUGUUGGUAAACACCAUCCUCUUUGUGACUUUAUUGUAGAACAGUACAAGACCAAAAAUACAGAGCCAGUGGAUAUGCCCCCAGAGCUGUGCCAUGGAAUCCAGGGAAAGCUUACACUGAAUGACAAUGCUGUUCUUCCAGAUCAGACGGUGAUGUCUCCUGUUCCAAUGCUGCGUGAUCUAACUCAAAAUUCUGCAGUCAGUAUCUCUUUCAAAGAUCCACAGUUCGAUGAAGACUUUGUUUUCAAGGCUGUGGUGUUACCUGGUGCAAAGAAACCUACUCCAGUUCUGAAGCCAGGAGACUGGGAGAAAACCAACAAUGACGGCAGGCCGUGGAGGCCACAGCUGGGUUUUAACCGAGACAGAAAACCAGUCCAUUUGGACCAGUCAGCCUUCAGAACCUUAGGGCAUACGAUGCCAAGGGACAGAGGGAUGCCAGGAAUGUAUGCCAAUACAGUGCCCCUUGGAAGCUACGGGAGCCCAUACGCCAGGCCGCUUAUGGGUGGGCAGCAGCAGAUUCCAAAACUCCUCUCAAAUCUUAGACCCCAGGAGGCUUGGCGAGGUCCUACACCCUUGUUUCCACAGACUCCACAAAGAACUGCUGGGGCCGCUCCUCUUCUUGCCUGGAACCGCAUGAUGCAAUCCCCAAACCAGUAUCCACCAAACCAGUACCAGGGGCUAGGCGGACCCAUGGGUUACCCACAGAGACCUGAAGAUCGGAUGGACAGGGGAAGACAGGCAUACGGCCCUGGGAGGCCCUACCCUCUGCCACCUCCCUCAGGAAGAUACAGCUGGAAUUAGCUCCUCUUGGAUUUUUUUUGUUUGUUUUUUUUAAGUCUAGAAAAUAUUUGGGCUUUUUUUUUUUUCUUUUUGUUCUUUUAUUAUUUGGGGGAGAAGACAACAACAAAACAUGAAAUCCUUUAAAAAAUAAUCUCUGUAGUUUUUAAACCCUGAUACCUGUUUUAAAUGUGCACAUUUCUUACUGAUUAUUCUUUCUAGGCGGGGGUUAUGUGGCUCGGAGAAGAGCGUAUGGCAAAAUCCAAGUCAGCUAGACUCGCUGAUUUGCCCGCGAGGCAGUUGGUGAGGCAGGAGUGCUGUCUGUCUUUAAUAUGUGUGCAACCUCUGCUGAGCUCCAGACAUCCUUUCCUUCACCCAGAAGAGCCCAGGGACACUUAUGAGUUUGGAAGAACACCUCAAAACCAGGAUUGUGCCCACUCCUGGGUCCAGUCCCAGCGGACAGCCUGUGGAGCACAGCGUGUGAAGACAACGCUGUCAGUACUCCUGCUUGGAUGCUCCUCGCAUUCCUCACAGAGAGAGAGAUUAUUUUGGACUCUGAAGCAAAGCAUUUCAACUUUUCUAACUGGUGCCUGUUUUUGACUGGGUUUAUUGUAAUUGUAAGAUAAGCAGGGGCAGUGUGUUUUGUCUGUUUUGAUAUAUAAUUUAAACCAGCCGUGGAGUCCAGAGUUUCCAUUCCUUUUUAGCACUCUUUCUAGGGCUUUUUCCAUGUCAGUGUACCAAAUCACUAAAUAUUUUUAUUUGCUUUAUAAAAGUGGCUUUUGAAAUUCUGACCAGUAGCAGGUGCUUUAUUUCCCCCCAUCCCUCCUCCAAAACGCGUUGUUAUAAAUGUGUGUACGCAGAUACAAGACAUUAAUUUUGGGGGAAUUAAUCUUACAAAAAUACUUAAAAUCUUUGUUUAAUCUAAAGGGAAAAAAAAAAGACAAAAGCACUCGAGUGAAUGAGCAGUGCUGAAGCUGCUACUGGACCAACUUUUCCUUGGGCUGCCAAUAAAACCUCUUUUCCUUGUGCCGCA